AUGGUCCAGUUCGAUUUCCCCGACAUCAUUAACGAAAUAGUCGAUUCUCUGAACCACAAUGUGCAUACUCUGUAUGAUUUGUCCCUUGUUAAUCGGAGUUGGUGCACAGUGGUAAUUCCCAAGUUAUGGGCAAAUCCAUUCGCCUAUACAUCUAACGCAGGAGGCCGGUCUGCCGAAGCACUUGUUAAAGUUUAUCUUAGUUGUUUACCUUCAUAUCAGAAAAAGAGUAUCAGCAAGUUAAUUGAUAUUCCCGAACGUAAAUUGUCAACCUUUAACUAUCCGUCUUAUCUGAAAAUUCUUCCACUCAAUUCCAUUACCGAUACUCUGUUAUAUGUGAAGACAGGAUCCGACAUGAAGAGAAUAUACGUCGCACUGUUGAAACUCAUUCUUCAAACAAGUCUUGGAUUAAAAGAGGCAAGAUUGUUUGAAUAUAUACCAGCUGAGGCUAUACGAUAUAUAGACUUUCCUAGUAGUGUCAGAUCAAUCAGUCUUGCAACCGGAAUACAGAACACCAAAGCGUUAGUAUUUCUUUCAAAGCAAGUUCACUUGGAAGAACUUUUGAUAUCGUCCACGACACUUACAAAGGUUGAAUGUAUGGCUGAUGAUAUACUGAAACAUAAGAACACUCUGAAAAAAUUAUCAAUACGCUUGGCAAUCUUGCCUAGGAAUAAUUAUCAUGUAAUCUUUAACAUUGCGAGUCAGAUGAAGAGAUUAAAGAAACUUAUUGUUGGAGCAUUAUUUGGCAUCACUUACUGGCAAAUAAAACAGCUUGAGGAGGGUCUAAAAGAAGUUAUGAUUUAUAAAAGUCACACUGAGUUAUCGGUAACAUUCAUUACUCGAGGAAAUUGA